AUGCAUUUCAGGAACUUCUCCAUCACCCUCGCCACGGAACAGACUCCCCAGGAACCAUCUCCCACCAACGUCUCCACCAGAGAGGCCUGCCUCAUCCGCUUCUCCAGCCAUCAGUUUGUGCUCAUCCCUGUGGUCUACUGCGUCAUCUUCAUCCUUGGAUUGGUGGGCAACAGCCUGGUCAUCACGGCACUGUGUCGGCCGAGGAGCCCGAAGACGGUGGCCAAUGUCUACAUCUUCAACCUGGCGGUGGCCGACCUACUAGCCCUCACCACCCUCCCCUUCUGGGCCGCCAGCUACGCCAACGGAUACAGCUGGGUCUUUGGUUCCGUGAUGUGCAAGCUUUCCAGCUCCAUCCUUUCCUUGGCCAUGUUUGCAAGCAUCUUCUUCAUAACGUGCCUGAGUGUGAACCGUUACCAGGCCAUUGUGCGCCCCUUCCAGUGCCAGCAAGGAACGCUGGAACGGGCCUUCAUUGCCACAUUCGUGGUUUGGGGACUGGCGACCUUGACCUCUCUGCCCACCUUCUGCUGGCGUGAAGUCAAAUACAUCGAUGAGCUGGGCGUGAACGCUUGCAUCAUGGCCUAUCCCUCUGAGAAUUACGCCACCUGGUCAGCUGCAACAGCCUUAAUGAAAAACCUCCUUGGCUUCUUGUUCCCCAUGGCCAUCAUCCUUGGGUGUUACAUCUGCAUCAGGGUGCACCUGAAGAAGGACCCAGGGUUCGCAAAAAGCAUGAGGGUCAGGGACCGGGUGUUGAAGCUGGUGGCUGCCGUGGUGGUGGCCUUCUUGAUUUGCUGGCUCCCGUUCCACAUCUUGACCUUCCUGGAUGCCCUUUCCUGGAUGGAGGUAAUCAGCAGGUGCCACCUCACCUCCAUGAUUGAUGCGGUGCUGCCCUUUGGGCUCUCCAUGGGCUUUGCAAACAGCUGCAUCAACCCUUUAUUGUACUAUUUUGUGGGCAGGCAGUUCCGGGAUAAACUCCAGCAUUUAUUCAAGCUGAGCCUCUCCCAGUUCAACAGUGGCCGGGAAACCCUUUCCUCCAGCAAAACCAGCUCCCUCAAAACUGCUGGGUCCCUGAAAGAGACUGACCCAGGAGGAGACAUGGGGAGGCCACUGACCCACCCACUGUGGGUUCCCUAACCACCAUCUGGAAACACUUAAGCUGUGGUUACGUCUUCUCUGUGACUCAUGGUUUUCCUCCUGUCUCUCCUUGCUCCUCUCCUAGGACAAUCUGUCCACUGAAGACCAUGUUUUCAUUUGCUUUGAGAAAGGUUGUAGAGGGCAAUUAAUUGGCAAUAAAUAUCUUAACACC